CCAUGGCGACGGUUGAAAACCGGAACUGGACCGGUGAACCCGAGCCAUAUAAAGACGGUUCGGUUUGACUUCAGGAAUCAUGAAAAACGCCCCCAUAACCUGUCCCUUCUCUUCUCUAAACCGCGUCGGCUCUAUUAUAUUAUAAAAUGAAAGAAGAGAAAGAAAUAACAAUAAUAAUGACAAUAAUUUUCCAGAGAAAAUAAUUGUUUUGGCUCCAGGUUUUUAACAUUCUCGUGAGGAAUACGAAACCAAACGAAAUUCUUUCUUUCAAUUAGUAGAAUCUCAUCGCCUUUUCGAUAUAUAUUUUUGUACCAGAAGCAACAAGUAAAAUGCAUUCAUUUUCAUUUUAAUUUUCCAUUUCUUUUUCUUAUUUUAUAAAAAUCAACGCUUAUCGAAAUGGAAACAUCUAAAGCUCGAGUUCAUUCAUUUGGCCAAACUGAGAUCAACUGGGACAAGCUCGAUAAGACUAAGUUUUACAUUGUAGGAGCAGGCAUCUUUACAGGAAUUACAGUGGCAUUGUAUCCAAUGUCUGUUGUCAAAACCAGGCUUCAGGUUGCUACUAAGGAUACUGUUGAGAAAAGCGCAUUUUCUGUUGUCAGAGGACUAUUGAGAACAGAUGGAAUUCCGGGUCUAUACAAAGGGUUUGGUACUGUCAUAACUGGUGCAAUUCCUGCCAGGAUUAUUUUUCUUACUGCUUUGGAGACUACAAAGGUGGCUGCUUUCAAGAUGGUUGAACCAUUUAAAUUGUCCGACCCUUCCCAAGCAGCUUUUGCAAAUGGUAUUGCUGGCAUGACUGCUUCACUUUUUUCUCAAGCUGUAUUUGUUCCAGUUGAUGUGGUUAGCCAAAAGUUGAUGGUACAAGGAUACUCUGGCCAUGCCAAAUAUAAUGGGGGUCUGGAUGUUGCUCGUAAAAUUAUGAAGACUGAUGGUAUCAGGGGAUUUUACAGGGGGUUUGGCCUAUCUGUUAUGACUUAUUCCCCAUCUAGUGCUGUGUGGUGGGCAAGUUACGGUUCAAGCCAACGAGUCAUCUGGAAGCUCUUAGGUCAUGGUACUGAUGUCGAGGCUGCCUCACCUAGCCAGUCGAGGAUAAUGUUAGUUCAGGCUAGUGGAGGAAUUAUUGCAGGAGCCACCGCAUCCUGCAUUACAACUCCAUUGGAUACUAUCAAGACUCGAUUACAGGUGAUGGGACAAGAAAGGAAAAGCUCUGCAAGACAAGUUGUUAAAAACUUGAUCAAGGAUGAUGGUUGGACAGGUUUAUAUAGAGGGUUUGGUCCUAGAUUUUUCAGCAUGUCAGCUUGGGGAACCUCAAUGAUAUUAGCUUAUGAAUAUUUGAAGCGAUUGUGUGCAAAAGAGACAUAGAAGUGAUCCUGUUACUACUACUCCGAAACCAUUUAUUCUUGCCAUAUGAAUGGCAAAUACUUAUGUUUGAAGCUGACUAUGUUCAACUUGCCCUAGAAGAGGGCUGUAUUCGAACAGAUACGUCCGAGAAGUUUCCUGUACUCUUAUCAUUGAAUUAGAACUGCAGAAAUUGAAGGUUGAUAUUAUUAACUGAGAAACCAACCUAACAGUUAGAAAUCUGGAUUAGUCAACAGAUGGGCUCUUUUGAAUUGGCCAUAUUCUUUGAAGUUUCAAGCACAGAUUAUUUUUCGUUUGUUAUCUUUUAGGAUAAAUUUUGAAUCAAUUAGGGGCUGUUCCUGUUGUAUCUGUUUUCAUUUGGCAUAGCAAUUGUAUCCUUGUAGUAAAGAUUUUGGCGUAGAUAUGAUUACUUUAUAGUAUUUGUCCUGUUUCGGUUAUACAUCUGUAUAUUGCAGAAAUAAUACUAUUCCUAAACUUGGUCAUUUUGCAGAAAAAAUACUAUGCCUGAACAAUCUUUUGUUGUA